GACGAGUAACUUGAAAAGUCAUAACAUCACUUAAUUGGAGAUAAAUUUGUAUUGAAUGCUGCUGCUGAAGCAUGCUUUUCAAUGCACACAAUUCAUUGAACAAAUAACAGGUUUAUCUCAUUUUUAUUUGAAAUUCUAUUGCUGUAACAUUUAACUUUCAUUCUUCAUAUGUGUGAAAAAGAAGAUUCUUUAGUCCUUCAAGCAGAUGUGUCUUUAAAAGAUUAAUAACAUAUCCAAGUUGUAGGCCCUAAUGAAUUCCUGUUUUUGACAUGUAUGCGUGCAUCUGUUUGUUUAUAACAUUCCGUAAACGGUUGCUACGAUAUCCAAAUGUAACGAAAUAAUUAUCCCGUUUAAAGAGUAAGUUGAAAAAAUGUUUCAUGCGUAAACAGACCUUAUGCAGACUCUGAUGGCCACAGGAGAUAUCUGAUAAAAAAUGUGUAUAGCUAUAUACCCAGCAGUGUUCUGCAGAUGUUUUUACUUUACAUGAAAUGUGUGAGACGAAACGUUGAAUGAAAACUGAGUUUUCGCACUGCGUAGGCUUAUUCAAAGGCUACUAGGAGGCCACCCACAUCAUACCGGAAUCUGAUACGCCCGACUAUUUCCCUCAACUGAUAGCACGUUUUUUCCCAGAUCCCCUAGCAUCUACCCAACCAUCUUCUUCAGUCGAGAACAUCGAAGGAAGCCGGCCAAUCCGCAUUUAGUCUUAUCACGAGGUCAAAUGUCAUUUUCUAAACUGAUAAAGGGAUAGCUUUGCUCUUUUUUGGGGACGAGCUUUAGUAUCUUUCUAGCCACUACCGCAUACUCGCGUACAGCUGCAAGACUGAACUAUUCUGUUUUCCGAUUUGUUUUAACAAGCUGUUUUUUAACGCUUGCAUUCUAUUCUUACAAUUCACCUUAAUUUGUGUCCUAUACUUGGCGCUCCUUUAAGUGUCGUUAAAAAAAGGAAUUAAGCUUAAUCACUGGCGUGUCAUAGCAACAGUUAUGCGAGUAUUGUGAACGAAAAAUGAAACUUUUCAGCUUUUUUUCGUAUGUGCUAGGAAUCAUUUUCUUUGUUUGCCACGUCAACGCUGUCCCUCCCGGAAGCAGACUAGCCUCGUGCUCCAAAUCAGAAUGCCCUAAAUCUUUAAAAUUCCGCUACAGUCCUGGAAAAAGUUACUCUUACCGCUAUGAAGUUAACGUGGCCUCGUCUGUGGAUGGUGUUAGCGAGUCUAAGGAGUCCCGGAUUCAUUUGACGGCUAAAGUUCACUUUGAUGUCCAUACCCCCUGUGACUGGACCUUGAGAGUUAGAGAUGUGUCGCUGCAAGACUCGGAGUUGGCAGACGAGACGCGUAAAUCGACCGUUCCCGGAGAAAAGGCUUUCAAGGAGGCGCUUGAGCUCUUUGAUCUGUCUUUCACAUUCCACGAUGGUGGAGUGCCCAAUAUAUGUCCAUCAGUUGACGAACCAGUAUGGAGUGUCAAUAUCAAACGGGGCAUUCUAUCCUCCUUUCAAAAUACCAUGCCUCGCUUCGACCUGAAUCACGAAAGUUUAGAUACCGAUGUUAUGGGAAGCUGCAAAGUCGAUUACGUGUUUGAUGGUGCAGAUGCAAACGCUAUCAGAGUGUUGAAAACUCAUGAUUUCUCUUCCUGCACUAAUCGUUAUGGAUUAUCUGAUGCGCUAUCUAGCGUACCUUAUCGAUUCUUUGGGGCGGGUUUUGAAUCUAUUCCGCUGACGAAUUCGACCAGUUGGUGCGAGCAGACAAUCGCUUCUCAUCGAAUUACUCAAUACAGAUGCGAAGAAAAGCAUCUCGUUCGCCCAUUUUCUAAUGAGGGAUCUGGCGCCUCUACCAAAGUCAAACAGUCAAUGGAAUUUAUUGACCAAUUUCCAAUUGAUGAGAUCGAAAACAGUGACUCGGUUGCUAAUGAAAUCAAACCUCGGAAGAGGUCUUCACUUCUUUUUCAACACUCAAGAACAAGCAGUAGCAGUGGUUCUGAUUCGGCAAUCACUUUGCCAUUAACUUUGCAGAGCCUGUGCCAACAUACCGAGGAAGGAGUUGAAAGUGAGGCAGCCGGAGCUUUCGGUCGAUUAGUUAAGUCUUUGAGAACCAUGGAUUAUUUGGCGUUAAGCGAGCUAAUGACCGAAGCAGAUGCCAUGUGUCGUGAUGGCGAAGCUGCUCGAAAACACUUGUUAAACGGAUUGAUUAGUGCGGCUACGAGUGAUGCGAUCGCAGCAAUGAGAGACGAAGUCACCAAAGGAAAAGUGGACGAGGCUUUGAUCGACCGGUGGAUUACAUCGCUUGCUUUUAUCCCUAGGCCCUCAGGCAAGCACUUGAAUGCUGCUUUGCCGCUAUUAGAUAAUGCAGCCUUUUCUCGUCGAAUCAGUUUAAGUAUUGCGUCAAUGGCGAAAAAAGUUUGCGCUACUGGUUGCGUCAGUGAAGUCUUUCUAUUGGUCGGUAAACUCAGCAAGCAAUUGGGAAAUUCCUGUCAGACCAGAUCAAGAGAUGAGCGCGAGGAGAUCAUACUUGCGUUGAAAUCUCUAUCAAAUAUUGGAGUGGCCAUUUCGGGAGAUCAUCUAGACACUGUCAAACAAUGCUUUCAAGAAAAAGACAAUCCCACUGAAGUUCGAAUAACUGCUCUCAAAGCUUUCAGUGACAUUCCGUGCCACAUCCGAGGGAAUGCCGCCAUGGAAAUUCUAGCUGAGAACAGUGAGGAUUCUGAGAUCCGCAUUGCUGCUUACUUAGGAGUGAUGAAGUGUGUUGAUUAUAAAACCUUUUUAACCAUCAAGGAUCUUUUAAAUCGUGAAGAAGUCAAUCAAGUUGGCUCUUUCAUCUGGACUCACUUGAACAACUUGGCUACCACCUCUCUGCCAUCCAAGUUGGAAAUUCAAGGUCUUAUUCUUGAUCAGAACAUGGUUAAAAAAUUUGACACAGAUGCUAGGAAAUUCUCUAGGAAUUACGAGAAGUCGAUUUUACUUGACCAGUACAACGCUGCCGCUAGCUUGGAAAGCAACAUCGUUUUCUCUCCAAAUUCUUACUUGCCUCGUUCGGCAUCGCUUAAUUUGACUGUUGAUAUUUUCGGCCAAUCUGUUAAUCUGCUUGAGUUUGAUGGGCGAAUGGAGGGAUUCGAACUUUAUAUCGAGUCACUUUUCGGUCCAGGUGGUCUUUACCACCAGAAGGAAGUAGGAUACAUUUUGGAAUCAUUGCGCUCCAAAAGAAAAGUGACUCCAUCUUCCCCUAACCAGCCAGAUGCUGGAAAGCUCAAAGUGAUGGGCGAGCAAUUCGAUGCUGCAAGCCGCUUUACAGAUGAACCAGAGAUGUCAAUGUCGAUGAAGGUCUUCGGAAAUGAAAUAGGGUAUGGACACUGGGAAGGUCGCAACGAGAUUUUGGAACGCUUCCGAAAACUCAAUCCUACUUCGAAACUCCACAAUUUGAUGAACGGCGAAGAAAAUCAGUUUAGCUUCGCGUCCCAGUACAUCGAUUCGACUCACACUAUACCGUUAGGUGUCGGUUUGCCUCUCAACUUGGUGGCACAGGGUCAGGUGGUUGCUGAGAUCCGCGGGAACAUGCGGACGGAUCUGAAAUCAAUUUUUUCAAGUGGCAAAGGAGAAGUCGUCUGGAAGGUCCAUCCCAGCGCGGCAGUUAUCUUCAACGGAGCGAUGACUGUCGAUGCUAUUGCUGUAAAAACCGGAGUGACGUUGGAGACAACUCUUCACAGUUCAGUGAGCACUUCUGGUAAAUUUUCGCUUGACGGACUGAGGUUAUUCGACUUGCAAAUAGAUUUUCCACAAGAGAAAGCCGAGAUCAUUACGUUCAAGAGUGAUCUUACGCUUACCCAUCGUAAUGUUAAGACAUCCCUGGAUGGGAUAGUCGAGAACCGAGUGGAAAUGUCAGAUUGCACAGGUGGUCUGACCCAGCGCUAUCUCGGCCUGCAGAUUUGCUCCAAAGUGGGCUACCCGAACGCAUCGGAACAGGAGAGCUUAGCAUAUUUCCCAUUGACCGGACCCAGCCAUUUGAGUAUCGAAUUGACCAAACUCGAUCCAGCAAUAACGUCAUAUCGUUUCCUUCAUAAAGUAGAAAAUACCGAGGCUAUCAAAUCAUGGACUUUGAGUUUCCACCCAGAAGGAGCAAAAGAGUCGAAGGAAGUUGGACUCAAAGCUGGAAUUGAAUAUAAAGAAUCUGAUUCCGGCUUUCUUGAAUUUAACUUAAUGCUUCCUAGCAGAAAUUACGAAACUAAAGGUACGUUCGUAUGGAAGGAGGAGACGAAAAAAAUUGAAGCGUCUUUAAUGCGCGAUACCAAAGAAAAGUUGCUAGUAGUGAAGGCUGGUCUGGAUCGAUCUGCUUGUUCCAAGCAAUCUGCUGUGAUUUGCUAUCAGCCCACACUGACUUUGAUCCUCAGCAACAAAAAAUUAGUUAAUCUUGAUGGAAACAUUAAAUUGACGGAGAAACAAGGGAAGCGCAAUUAUGAACUGGGCCUCAAUUCAACGAUAGGCAGCUGGAGCACUGUUUCUAAAGGCUAUUACUUAAUGGAUGAAAAGUCGCAUGUAUCCAAUUUCACCGUCGAUUACACGUCCAAUCCCAAAACCCGCCCAGAGAGGAUUCAAAUCGAAAUCAAAAUGAAUAAAGAGUCCUCGCAAGGAUUUCGGCAGUUGGAUAUACACCUGGGAGUGGAACCAUCCGCAUAUCCGAAUCGAAAUUUCGUCGGUAACUGGAGAUUGCAACGAGGACUGGGGCAUUUCGAAAACGUGUUGAUGAUGAACAUCGGACCGAUGCCUCGUGAUAAUCGCAAUUCUUUAACGAUUCACCAAGGAUUCAGUUAUUCUGUCGGCUUGAGUCAGAAUUUGAAAUUGAAAAGUCAUUUCGAGAUGACUCUGCCAGCCAAGGGGCUCAAUGUCGGUUUGAUUAUCGGGCAUGAACAGACCGAUUACAAGACGGAUUCGCUUUUUAUUGGAAGAUACGCACCUGACAAGGAGCUCCAGUGUGGAUUGCUGUUUGUGAAAACCCCAGGCGUAUUGCUGAAAGCUAGCGGUGCUUUCAAUUUAACUCUGCCAUCACAACCGGUCAUCAAAUUGAAUGCCAAAAUCCAGGAGCAAUCUAAAAAUAAUUACAGGGUUGACGCUGACGGAAUUUGGGGACAAGACACGGAUUUCCAAUUAAGCAGUAUGUACGAUAACCAAGUACAAAGUACGCACUCCAUUCAACAACUGACUGUGGAAGUAACCGGUUCAACUAUAUAUCCAACCGAAUUCGUUUAUACCUAUAAAACCAAUCACACUGCUUUAGAAGCUAAAGUGCAAUCGAGUUAUGGCAAAGACGCGGUUUCGUUCUAUGUCUUGCAAGAAAACCCAACCAAAGAAGAAUCAAAGAUCGCUACUAAAAUUGGUUACUUAAACUAUCUUCACACUGCUGAUGCUUACUGGAAGGAUCUUCCAGAUGGCAAGAAAGGAACUCUGGACAUUCACGUUGACAAGGUCAUGGACGUUAGAAGUGUUUUUAGCACAGAUGUAGCAACAAACGGACGCCGUGAUGUCUCUCUGGACGUGCAGUGGGACCCCAAUCGCAAUCCUCAAAAGAAACUCAUUAUCAAAACCACAUUCGAACCUUCUAAUCUUAAUCCUCGAGACUGGACAAGUGCCGUCAUUCUCAGUUAUCCUGGCUCAUUUAUCAGAGGAAAUUUCGCCGCUCUUACCCAGAAAAACAACCGUUCCCUAUCUGGCACUGUUGAUUUAGGAUCAAGGAAAACCAUAAGCUUUCUAGCUGCUUCAGUCCGGACGGAAAGCGCAUUGAUGAAUGAGAUAGUUCUAGAAACUCCUUUUGAUGGAUGGAAAUCCAACAAGGCCCUUUUCAAGUCGGAGACUAAUAAUCUGCGUCAUAAAACCCAGUUGACUUCAAAGUGGGGAACAAACAGCCAUUUUGAAGUUGGUGUGGAUGCUCGAAUUGAGAAAAACUCGGUUUCAAAAAGCGCUGAAGUGACACUUGAUUUGAAAAGUAGCUUCGACCAACUUGAAAACUUUAAAAUCGCAGCCAAAGGUGAACUUAUGCCUAAAGUAUUGGAGAAUUCCGUCAAAAUUCAGUGGGCAAAGAAUCAGGAAAUAGUAUUUGGUACGAAUUUCGAGUGGAGUGUUGAUGGUCAGUUUAUGAUAAAAAGUAAUGCGAGUUUGACGACACCGUUUCCGCAGCUGAAGCAAGUUAGUAUUGAGCUCCAUCACAAUACGGAAUGGGACUCGGCCCAACUCUUCGAAACCAGAGGAUCGUUGAUUUUAAACGAACUCAAGUACACAGCCGUGGUCAAAGGAGAAAAUCCCGGAUCGCACAAGCGCUGGGAAGCGACAGCAAUUUUGACGACCCCUAAUCCCACUUAUGCCGUGAUUGGCUUGUCUUCUCAGUACACUGCUGACGAUAAGAAACCUUCAUUUGAUUUACAAAUCAACUGGCCCGAAAAAGCGGUUGGAAUUCAUGUUUCUGCAGACAUUUUUAGCGAAGGAUAUCAUCGAGGGCGUUUUCAUGUGAAAACUCCCUUUGAACAACUUCGAAACUUCUCCGUCGACGGAUCUUUCGCGCCACCUUCUGUCGAUCCUUACGUGUUCAAGCUUGACUUGGGAACCAGAUGGAAUGAAGUGGAAUACGUAACGUUUAAUACAACUUUCGAAGCUGAGUCCGCAAUCAACGGUGACAUAUCGGCUGACCUCAAAACGUCGAUUCCCAAACAUGAAAAUUACGGAACCAGAUUAAAGCUAAAUGUUGAUCUUUCUGAACUUCCGUCUGCCAGCACUGUGAUCGUUGUUACUUAUCCGUCGAAUCGGAUUGGAUUUAGCCUCAACGGAUCCAUGGCCGAAAUAGAACAUGGUUCCUCGACUGACAUCAUGGCUACUCUUGACAUUGCUGAUAGUCCGAAAAUAACGAUCAAUAUCACUCACGAGACCAAGGGCUUAAUGGAUUUCAAGACGACAACCAGUUUGUCAAAAGGCGAGCAGUUCUAUAGUCUAAACAGUUUAGUGACAACAACGGAUGAUGGACAAUUUGUCGCUUCUUUGAACGUAGUGACGCCAAUAGAACGACUGAGUGAAUCAGAAAUUCGAAUUCGCUAUCUCAAGAAGAUUGUUGAUGAAGCCAAUAUAGAACUGGCUUUCGAAGCAGGUGCCAAAUGGAAAGGAUUUAACCAUGAGAAUACAUUAUCCGGUCGUAUCCAUUACUUGAGCUCAGCGGAACAGUUAGAGGACUUUAUGGAGAAAACCACGACCAACUUUGAGUUCAAAGUCGUCAGUCCGUUGGAAAUCCUUCAGCGGCUGAUACUCAAGGCUAAACUUGUCAAUGAAAACUCUGAGAUGUUGCCAAAACUGGAGGCGGUGUACAAUAAUCAUACCAUGACAGUCGGAGGAAGCAUUAACUUUCUCAGUGAAAAUGCCAACAUAGUGAUAACCAGGAAAACUCCAUAUCAGCCAAAGGCGAUGAGCAUUCGGAUGAAUUCGACUUGGGCUGUGGAGGACGACAAGAUUCUAGUCAAGGGAAUAGUGUCAACAAAUCUGCAAGGAUUUAACCGCAUUCCAUGGAAAAUUGAUAUCACCUUUGUGAAUUCUGAAGACGACGAAAACGUCUGGGAAAGACUGGUGACUGGUGAAGCACGCCUUACCAACUCUCAACUAAUUUUAUUGAACGCUGCUUGGCUUCCUGCCAAAUUGACGGCCAACAUAGCUACGCCUUUUUCAUCGUUUAAGAAUGUCAACUUGACCGUCGGCUACGAGCAGUCGAUCGAUUCGUCAACUUCUAUAACAGCUGAACUGUUUAUCAACGAAAAUCUUUCAGAACUGACGGGCACCUUUGAUUGGCCGGAGGAGAAUACGAUACCAGUGUCGACCCAACUAACGCUCAAAACACCUUAUGACUACGAACAGUUGACACUAUCUUGGGAAUCCGCUGAUCCACGAGUAGCAGCUGAACUAUUGGCUUCUUGGAACGAGAAAAGCCAGACGAACAGUUUACAAGUUCGUUACAACUUGGAUUUAUCCACUUUGGAGAAGAUUGAUAUCGAUUUGAAACUGACUCUCCAUGCUGAACCACAGGAGGACGUGUGGGCGUUCCGGUUUAAUUCUGAUACGUCCGAAAAAUUCACUGGUUUGAUGUCACUCACUACUCCGUUGGCGGACUUCAAAAUGGCAGAAAUAUCGGCAUCCAACACCGGCAAAUCUUACACAGUUUUGGUGAAUCUUGACACGAAGCCCGUCUCGGGUAAACUUCGAGCAAGUUUAGUCGAAGAUAAUCAAAGUGGCAUAUCCAUUGAUACAAGUGUGGAAGUCCUGCAGUUUUUCCAGUUUGCCUUCAAAUUCGCCAUUGAUGGCAAGUACAGCGACGUAAGCCUCGAUACUUCUGCCGUUUGGGAUCCGAUACUCGUUCAAUGGGGAAUUCAAUCCAAAUUCAAGCGCAGCGGAUGGAGCAAAUACUCAUGGAAUACGACAUUGUCAUCUGAUUCCGAUCGAAAAUGGCUACUCGACGUCGAUGUGGAUUUUAAGGAUAUUUCCAGUUUUUUCAACCACAAGAUUCACUACGAGGCCGUUCACGACAAGACCUUGUACAGCACAUACGGUUCUCUAUCGAUAGAUGACGUCCACUACAAGGGGCAAUUAGGAGUUGAUUGGGGCGCUUCGAACCCGAUCGAGUUGAAAUUUAAUAAUAAGAAGAUUGCCAAGCAGCUGGGAAAUUCUGUCAUUGAACUGAUUACUCCGUGGUCGAAAGAACCGUCACUCGUCGUCGACGUCACUGUAGAUGCUCGUAACCAGCCCGUCGAGUUUAAGGUCAACGCCGAAGUGGCAGACAGGAUCGUGAUCGUCGGCAUGGACAUCAAGUUUAAUAGCUUCAGCUCCAUGGGAGCCAAAACUAACAUAAUAACAACUAAACCGUGGCUGCCGAUGGCUUCUCUAAACUUCCAUACCGACAGUGGUAGAGAUCCGGUUAACCCUCGGUUUAACGGAUGUUAUGUGCUGGAAUGGUCGGGUGGUUACAUGCUAGGCAUUAGCGUUUUCCGAGAGGAAACGGACAGAGUUUCCGUCCUUCCAGAGAAAAACGUCAAUGGUCUGGUUCAGGUUAAGUCAUCGUGGAACAAGGUACCAGAAGCAAGCAUCCGCUACUCACGAUUGUCUAGCCCAACUGUAACACAAUCGGGAAUCACAAUCAGCCACAAUUUCACUGAAAAGAUUAAAGUUGCCUACAAUUCCACCGACAAAUCAUCGGCCGGCCACGAAUCGAAGGAUGGCCGCUUAGAGUUCAGCGGAACAUUGUUCUCUGGGGGAUUUGCCUUUGGCCGUCAUUUCAAGUACAGUGGAGGCCAAGACGGUGAAAAUUUGCCGCGAAGUUUGCAUCGCAUUUUAGAGAUUUAUGAAAUUGGAAGCCGAAACCAGUUUACUCUGCGUGCCGAGGUUUUAGAGAAAGAAACAUUCACUGGUCAAGAACAUGUUGUCAAGCUAUCUUCUCCGUAUCGAACCAUCGAUUUCUCUACCCGUUACGAUUUCCCCGACGGAGUUUUCCGACACGGAACUGAAUUCCGCUGGAGGCCGGACGCCAAAAUUGCCUACGACAUUGAAAUUGAAAACAAGACCACGGCAGCAGCAAAUGAUUACGUCAUGACGACUACGUUCAUCACACCCGUACGCAGCCUGGGUCUUACUGGAACGAUGCGCCAUACAAAACGCAAUUUGCGAGCCGUUAGCGAAAUUGUUUGGGAUUUGAAGAGAAGAGAAAGUGUGGCAAAGGUUACCGUCACGUGGGAAAAUACCACCAAGACAAGGGACGUUGAAGCUAAUCGCGUAAAAGUCGCCUUCUCUCAAGGAAAUUUGCCGCAAGAAUUGGCGAUCCUUACCGAAGUCCAUCGCAGUGCAAAGCAUCCACUUACUAUGCACACGGAAAUCCAGUACUCCAACGAACCAAAGCGAAAUCUUUUGAUUGACACUGUAGUCACCUCUCGUAGUGGUAAUUACCGGUGCGACAUGAAUAUGACUCAUCAAGCCACCAAGUUAGAACUUCGUCAGACACUGGAGUAUGAGCGCACCGCCACCGGCCGUGCCCAGUUGACGCACUUUUUCUCUCACUCGAACACCGACUCGGAACUCAUGGCCCUCGAGCACAGACUCACAGUUGAUCAACAAGAUAAAAAAAUCAUAUUCACUGCCUCGUCUCCAGCGAUGACGCUAAGGCAUCUCGGCCAGUUUACUCAGUCGGGCAAUAAUUCCCUCCUAUCGUAUGAAAUUCAGCAGGACGAUGGAAUGCCAAGGACCGCCGAGUUCUCUUUUGGCAACCACAUUCCUUACGCCCACUUUGUAGCUCAGUUUGAUCCAGAAAAUCAAAAGGGACUCCAUAUGAAAGCCGGAAUGCCGGAUCGGCGUCAAGCGAUUUUUGAGCUUUUCAACACGGAAGAACAGGAACGCAUUCCGUUCAUUGAUUUUGCAUUUCGAUUGAAUCACUCGCGUUUGGUAACAUCCAAAACUCAAUGGCCGACUGAUUGGAAAAAUCGUUUGUACCAAGGAGUGGGUCGGGUUCGAGGUUCCAUCGCAUCGACGGCUGAUCAGUGGGUGUCAGCCUUCGUGCUGAGUUCCUUUUCCGAGACGGUCGGCUCCAUUUUGACAAUCGGAGAUGAUAUUGCGAUUGUGCUGGACACUGCAUUGCUUAAUUUUAGCGAAGAGAUCGACAAAUUUCAGGAGGAUGCUGAACUGAUGAAACAGAACAUCGUCGAUGGCUACAACUCUAACGCUUUCUUCGCCAAACUUGUUGUUGAAAUGGGUGGAGCUAUUGUUCAAGAUAUGCCGUUCGGCUCCUACGCUCAGAGUUUCGUCACGUUCAUUGAGAAGACGGGCAAUCGGAUUUUAAAACCCUUCACCAACGAGGAUGACAGCUUUAGUCGUUGGCUAGCCUACGUGGAACAAUAUUUCAGUGCAUUAUCAGAGACCGUAACAACUUGGAUGGGAGAGCAGUGGAAAUGGCCGACCGCAGGAUCUUCUAAAGUGUUAGCAGAAAUCAGCACAGUCUUCCGCAAAAUCGCAGAAGAAUACGAUCGCUUCGUCAAACAUUUUCAGAAGAGCUUCUGGGAGUCGAUGCCUGAAAUUGGAGUACCGCUGCGUACUUUAUUAAAGAACUCUUGGAAUGACGUAUAUCAAGUUAUCCGCCCUCUUAUUUUACGCGGGUUUGUCACCGUUGAAGCAGCAGCAUGGAAUGUGAUGAAAGAAGUCUUGGAUUACUUUUACAAGCAUCGAGAAGCUAUUGUCGGGUCAUCCUACUUUCAAAAGCUUUCGCUUUUACUGGACGACCUCAAGCAGUUUUAUUUAGACAUGCAGAGCACUGACUGGCCAUCCAGAGUACGAAAAUACGUGAUUCGUGCAGGCCAGUUUCUCCAACAAAAAUACCUGGACCUGGAUGACUACCUUUCUUGGAUCAUUAAAAUCAAAUCGGAGAUUGCCGUGAUUUAUCAAGGAUUCUUGAUGCAAAAUCCCGAACUACAGAAGGGAGCGGAAAACUGGCAGAAAUUCAUCGCUUUUAUUCAGUGGAGCUACAGCCAUCUUGGCAUUAACCAAAAAAUGUACGAUCUGGUGGCGUUGCUGCGCGAAAGAGGAGCAGAGUUAUGGCGACAGACGGUCACAGAUGCACAAAUGAGACACACUUUACAAAAAACCAUGUUCCGUUUCAAUCCGGAAUUGGGAUCAAUUGAGCUGGAACAGAAAUUGCCCUUCCCUUGGAUUAGUCUGGAUGAAACUCCACUUUUCCAUGAACUGCCCGAGAUUCAGAAAGUCCGUUCACUGUUGUCGCUGUUCAAGUCUUCCAACACCAGCACAAUGGACCUGGUUUUCUCCUACUUACCUAGGCAACAACAACUGUCAAGUUUAUUACCUCCGUUUAAGAGUUCUGCUCACUUAGUUGGACUUCAGCACUUUACAACGUUCGAUGGCCAACACUUUGAUUUUGUUGGACCUUGCACGUAUCUCCUCGCCCGAGACUUUUUAACAAACAACUUUACACUAGCUGUGCAAUAUGUCAGCUCACGCGGAAAGCCUUACGCCUCAGUCCUUCAGCUGAUCAUUGAUGAUGUUCAGUGGGAUUUAGAUCUAGCCAACCGCACCGUACGCGCUAAUGGAAUCAGCCAAAUGCUUCCGUCUUUUGGUUCCUCUACUAACCGUGACACUGCCGCUUUUUACGAAAAUGGGAAAUUUGUCAUCGAAUCAUUCGCAAAAGGAAUUCGACUGGAAUGCAUCGCAGCUUAUGACUCCUGCACUUUUACAUUAUCUGGUUGGUACAACAACAAAGUCGCUGGAUUGCUGGGUACCAUGGAUAACGAGCCAACGACCGAUCUUAUUCGGCCGAAUCGUGUCGUGGACUUGGAUUUAACUUCUUUGGCUCGUUCCUGGGAUGUCUCAUCUAAAAAAGAUUGCAAGACUGUUGACAAUUUUGCACGUAAAAGCGUUCCGUCGGACGAUGGUCUGACUGAGAUCUGCGCUAGCUUUUUCCAGAGCCAAAGGUCUACAUUGAAAAAGUGUCUAUCGGUGAUUGACCCAUCACCUUACUUAAAAAUGUGCCUGAUCAAGUCUCGCCCCAGAGGGAAUGCCCAAGACGGUUGUCAUGCCGCGGCUGCUUACGCUUCGGCUUGUGCUGCUAAAGGUGUGCUGCUCCGCAUUCCCUCGCAAUGCGUCCGGUGCCAGUUGGACAAUGAGUUGCUUUCGGAAGGAGACGUGAAGAAUAUCAACGCGGAUAAGCUCAAUCGUCCAUCAUCUGAUGUGGUUGUUCUACUUGAUCUGAAAAAAUGUAAUGAGCCGGAUGCCACGUCAGCCCGAUUCUUGCCAUCGCUAAUCAACACUCUUGAGAAGGAACUGAUUACACAGAAAGUUACCAAAAACCGUUAUUCGCUGAUCGUCUUUGGUGGAAAAGCUCCAUAUGACAGUCCUAGAGUCCGUACUGUUAACGGUCAAGAGUUCGUUGCUGCUAAGGAUACUGCUAAUCUUUUCGAAAACCUUCCCUUUGGAAACGGGCCUGCUGGAAUUAUGGACGCAUUGCGGUUGGCCUCUAAGCUCAACUUCAGGCCGGGAGUAUCAAAGACUUUCAUCCUUUUACCCUGCUCUAGCUGCGAAUCUGAUCGCGCCCAUGAAAUAACUUCGCAGUCACUACUCGAACAAGAUGUGACAAUUCAUGUUCUGACGAAUGCGGAAUUCCGUUUCAUAAAGGCAAACGUAAGCCGGCAAUUCCUCGGACUGGAUGCUACAAUGGGAUUCACGUCAAAAGAGGUCAAAGGUCGAUUGAUCGGCGAUGCAGAUCUUCGUCGACAAGCUAGAUUGUCACAUUCUUUGCUAGGCAUGUGUGCCCCUGUCGCCCUUGAGACCAACGGGACAAUCUUCGCCGUGUCUCGCUUGCGCGAACAGCGCAAAAAUUCCGGUGACAGCAAACGAGCUGUAAAUGUCUGGGUGAAACGCGUGGCCAUGACAACCCGCCCAGCUGAUUGCCAAAGAUGCACUUGCAAUCUGAAGAAUUAUUUUGAAUCGGUUCUAGACUGCCGUGUUUGCAAAAACAGAGAAACACUUAAUGUCGAUACCUCCUUUCUUGUCGACGAGGCCACUCUACAAAAUUUGAGCAGAAGUACUACCCGAAACCGCUCGAAUGAAAAGUAGAAGUGUUAAUUUUAAAGUUGAGAGUGAAGAGAAAUAAAGCGAAUAAUUCAAUUGCAAAUAAAAAAACAAGGGAAUCUUAACAACGGAGCUUUUCCCAAAUUUGCGGGGUAAAGUGUAUUGUAUUGGCUACUUUUUUGUCUUUAAAUCACCUUUGAAAAGGUUAUUCGGUGCACAUUAUACCCGACAUUAUGCGACUGUUAUGUCAAAUGAAAUAAUAUGGAAUACAGAAUGACCUUUUCCAAAUUGA